CUGGCGGGGCGGGGGGCGGGCCCGGAUGGCGAGACUCUGAGGGGAAGUUUGGCCGCCGCCGCCGCCGCCGCCCCGGGCCCCGCGAGGAGGAGCCGCCGCCGCUCCCGGCCCCGCCAUGGGGAACCGCGGCAUGGAGGAGCUCAUCCCGCUGGUCAACAAGCUGCAGGACGCCUUCAGCUCCAUCGGCCAGAGCUGCCACCUCGACCUGCCGCAGAUCGCCGUGGUGGGCGGGCAGAGCGCGGGCAAGAGCUCGGUGCUCGAGAACUUCGUGGGCCGGGAUUUCCUUCCCCGCGGCUCUGGAAUUGUCACUCGCCGGCCUCUCAUCCUGCAGCUCAUCUUCUCCAAGACAGAAUAUGCCGAGUUCCUGCACUGCAAAUCCAAGAAGUUCACGGACUUCGACGAGGUGCGGCAGGAGAUCGAGGCGGAGACCGACCGGGUGACGGGCACCAACAAGGGCAUCUCCCCCGUGCCCAUCAACCUGCGCGUCUACUCGCCCCACGUGCUGAACCUGACCCUGAUCGACCUGCCGGGCAUCACCAAGGUGCCGGUGGGGGACCAGCCCCAGGACAUCGAGUUCCAGAUCAGGGACAUGAUCCUGCAGUUCAUCAGCAGGGAGAGCAGCCUCAUCCUGGCCGUCACCCCGGCCAACAUGGACCUGGCCAACUCCGACGCCCUCAAGAUGGCCAAGGAGGUCGACCCCCAAGGGCUGCGGACGAUCGGGGUCAUCACCAAGCUGGACCUGAUGGACGAGGGCACCGACGCCCGGGACGUGCUGGAGAACAAACUGCUGCCCCUACGGAGAGGGUACAUCGGGGUGGUGAACCGCAGCCAGAAGGACAUCGACGGCAAGAAGGACAUCCGCGCCGCGCUGGCGGCCGAGCGCAAGUUCUUCCUGUCCCACCCGGCCUACCGGCACAUGGCCGAGCGCAUGGGCACCCCCCACCUCCAGAGGGUCCUCAACCAGCAACUCACCAACCACAUCCGGGAGACGCUGCCCUCGCUGCGCAGCAAACUCCAGAGCCAGCUGCUUUCCCUGGAGAAGGAGGUGGAGGAGUACAAGAACUUCCGCCCCGACGAUCCCACGCGGAAAACCAAAGCUUUGCUGCAGAUGGUCCAGCAGUUCGGGGUGGACUUUGAGAAGCGGAUCGAGGGCUCGGGAGACCAGGUGGACACCGUGGAGCUCUCCGGGGGUGCCCGGAUCAACCGGAUCUUCCACGAGAGAUUCCCUUUUGAGCUCGUGAAGAUGGAAUUCGACGAGAAGGAUCUGAGGCGGGAGAUCAGCUACGCCAUCAAGAACAUCCACGGGGUGAGGACGGGGCUGUUCACGCCGGAUUUGGCCUUCGAGGCCAUCGUGAAGAAGCAGGUGGUGAAGCUGAAGGAGCCGUGUCUGAAAUGCGUCGACCUCGUCAUCCAGGAGCUCAUCAACACCGUGCGCCAGUGCACCAGUAAGGUACUGCUGCCACCAGUAACACCAGUAACACCAGUAACACCAGUGACAGGGCACCUGGGCAUCCAGGAGCUCAUCAACACCGUGCGCCAGUGCACCAGUAAGGUACUGCUGCCACCAGUAACACCAGUAACACCAGUAACACCAGUGACAGGGCACCUGGGCAUCCAGGAGCUCAUCAACACCGUGCGCCAGUGCACCAGUAAGCUCGGUUCCUACCCCAGGUUGCGGGAGGAGACGGAGCGGAUCGUCACCACCCACAUCCGGGAGCGCGAGGGCAAAACCAAGGACCAGAUCCUGCUGCUGAUCGACAUCGAGCUCUCCUACAUCAACACCAACCACGAGGAUUUCAUCGGAUUUGCCAACUGUUUCACUGAGCAGCACGUGGCGACCGGCGCGCAGCAGAGGAACACGCAGACCAACAAGAAGAGGGCGAUUCCCAACCAGGGGGAGAUCCUGGUGAUCCGCAGGGGCUGGGUGACCAUCAACAACAUCAGCAUCAUGAAGGGCGGCUCCAAGGAAUACUGGUUCGUGCUCACGGCCGAGUCGCUCUCCUGGUACAAGGACGACGAGGAGAAGGAGAAGAAGUACAUGCUGCCCCUGGACAACCUGAAGAUCAGGGAUGUGGAGAAGGGAUUCAUGUCCACCAAACACGUCUUCGCCAUCUUCAACACGGAGCAGAGGAACGUGUACAAGGAUCUGCGUCAGAUCGAGCUGGCCUGCGAUUCCCAGGAGGACGUGGACAGCUGGAAAGCCUCCUUCCUCCGCGCGGGAGUUUAUCCCGAGAAAGACCAAACGGAGAGCGAGGACGGGGCGCAGGAAAACACCUUCUCCAUGGAUCCGCAGCUGGAGCGGCAGGUGGAGACCAUCCGGAACCUCGUGGACUCCUACGUCGGGAUCAUCAACAAAUCCAUCCGGGACCUCAUGCCAAAGACCAUCAUGCACCUCAUGAUCAACAAUACCAAGGAUUUCAUCCACUCGGAGCUGCUGGCCUACCUGUACUCGUCGGCCGACCAGGGCAGCCUGAUGGAGGAGUCUGCGGAGCAGGCGCAGCGCCGGGACGAGAUGCUGCGCAUGUACCACGCGCUCAAGGAGGCCCUGGGCAUCAUCGGGGACAUCAGCACCAGCACCGUGUCCACGCCCGUGCCACCCCCCGUCGACGACACCUGGCUCCAGCCCGGCCCCGGCCACAGCCCCCCCCCCCAGCGCCGCCCGCCCUCGGCCCUGGGCCCCCCCGGCCGCCCGCCCUCGGUGCGGGGCCCGACCCCGGGGCCGCCCCCGCUGCUGCCCCUGCCCGGGGGGGGCCCCCCGCCCCCCUUCGCCGCCCCCCCCAUCCCCUCCCGCCUCGGCCCCCAGAGCGUCUUCGCCGGAGACUCCUUCUCGGCGCCCCCCCAGAUCCCCGCCCGCCCCGCCCGCAUCCCGCCCGGAAUCCCGCCCGGAGUGCCCAGGAGACCCCCGGCGGCCCCGAACCGCCCCACCAUCAUCCGCCCGGCCGAGCCCUCCCUGCUGGAUUAACCCCCCCCGGCGCUGGGGGCUCCGGAGCUGCGGGAUCUGAACCCCCCCUCUGGGCUGGGGGGCACGGGAGACAACCCCCCAAUCCCCCCCUGGGCUUGGGGGCACAGGGGACAAACCCACUGACCCCCCCCUGGGCUGGGGGGCACAGGGGACAAACCCACU